AUGGCGCAAUUCAUACCACGUCAGGUGUUUCCCCACUACGGGGCUAUUCCGAGGUCCUACUUCCUAGGACAUCACCGGGCUGGACUGAGCAAGAUGAAGAACAUGCUAUCUACAAUCGACUAUGUCGUCGAAUGCCGGGAUUACCGGGCACCUGUUACAUCUAUCAACCCUUUGUUUGAGGAGGCACUGGGAAACAAAAGACGACUGGUCGUGUACACGAAGAGAGACCUUGGCAGCAUUCCACAAUCGCCUACGCAGAAGCUCAUAGAGAAAAAAGUACGAAGCUUUGAUCCGAAGAGCGCCGUGUUCUUCGUUAGUUCGUCCUCCCGCUCCGAUGUCACUCAAAUCAUUCGACACCUCCGAGACGAUGCCGAAGCACCAGAUAAGCUCGUGGGAUGUCGAGUAUUGGUAGUUGGCAUGCCCAACAUUGGAAAAUCGACUUUGAUCAACCACCUUCGGAACUUUGGCGUGGGUAAGGCAAAGGCCUUGAGAACAGGAGGCCAGCCUGGUAUCACACGGAAGAUCGCCAGCCCGGUGAAGAUCAUCGAGCGAGAGAGCGGGUCCCAUGUCUACGUGCUUGAUACACCAGGUGUUUUCAUGCCCUAUGUUCCAGACGCAGACAAUAUGCUUAAGCUGGCACUUUGCGGCUGUGUUAAAGACGCAGUCAUCUCACCCGUCACCCUCGUCGAUUAUUUGCUCUAUCAGAUCAACUUGCAUGAUACGCAGGCGUACAAGCGUUGGUCUGAGCCUACCAACGAAGUCAUGCCGUUGCUUGAGAGCUUUGCGCGACAGACGGGACUACUAGGAAAAGGUGGGAUACCCAACAUAGACAGUGCAGCACUGCACUUUAUUCAGAAGUGGCGGGCGGGCGACCUUGGUCGAUUCAUACUCGAUGACUUGGAGGCCGAGCAACGGCGGCGAGAUGAUCCCGAACAGACUGUACGUUUGAGUAUGUCACAGGCGUUGAAAGUCGAGAGGACAACUCGGAAGAACAAGCCAGAUGUAAAUACUAGCAACUCCUCUUAA